AUGAUCGGCAAAGUUCUCUCUAUCCGCGCAACAUUGGUCGGAAAGUAUACCUCUCCGCAGGAUGGCUGGCGAGUGAUGGACAAUGCUGGCACGUUUCAAGACCUUGGAAUACAUAUGCUAGAUGUGAUUAUUUGGCUCUUUGGGCGGCCAUCCAGUCUGCUGGGCCACCGAGUAAACGAUGGACCCGCACACACUCGAGACCGAGAGUCUCAUGUUGCCAUGAGGUGGGAUAAUUCCUGCCUAGUCGGCCAUCUUUACAUUUCAGAAGUUGCCCUUUGCAAAGAGGAAAGCCUUCUCGUCCGAGGGGCUUCCGGAUCACUGCACCUAGAUGGCAACGAAAUAACCCAUCUCGAUGCCCAGGGGAGACAGACCUUCCAUAUGGUGGUCCAAUCACGCAAGGAGGAUCCCGUUCAGACCAUGUGCCAGGAAUUUGGGAACUAUAUUUCCGAUGUCUCUGAAUCAUUCUCCACAUCUACCCAGAUGGCCGAUACUCUGGCGGCUUCUGAGGCAGUUGGCGCUUCAUUCUUCUCAAACAAACUGGAACCCGUGCGACCCUUUCCUCUUGUGAGGGUCGACAGGCCAGCGGCUACGCAGACAAACGGCCAUCAAGUCUACCACGAUGCUGACUUCAACCUGGCGCAGCAACGAUUCUUGCUCAACACUGGCAACAAGAUCCCCGGGAUGGGCUUUGGAACCCGAAAGCCGAAAAAGCCCCGACAAACAUAUGAGGCGGUAAAGACAGCCCUAGAAGUGGGGUAUCGACAUAUUGACACUGCGUUCCGGUAUAAUAAUGAAGACCAAGUGGGCGAGGCAGUGAGGGAUUCAGCGGAGUCCGUGGAUCUGUCUCUGGCCGCACUGGGAUUAGAAUACGUUGAUCUUCUUCUCAUGCACUGGCCCUCACCAGUCUCGCCAGAGGAUCCCAAGAAAGCCAUGCCAGAUUGGGACUUCACGCAGACAUGGCAGGAUAUGCAGAGGGUCGUCGAAUCCGGUCGAGUACGCAAUAUUGGAGUUUCCAACUUUGGAAUCCGCAACCUAAAAACGCUCCUGUCUCACCCAAAGUGUUAUAUUGUUCCCGCUGUGAACCAGAUCGAGGUAUUCUACAUAGCUAUGGGGUCUUCAGCCCUGCUGUCAUCCGGUGGUCUUGUCGAGUUCUGCAAACAACAUGGUAUUCAUUGUACGGCCUAUUCCCUGCUUGCUUUUGGCUUGCCUCAAUUGCAUGAGAACGCAGCGCUGGCCGAGCUCUGUAAGCGGAAGUCGAAGACACCGCAGCAAAUCCUGAGUGCCCUUACCUUAGAACCCUGUACCGUCAUAUUUUCCAGAUCUAACAAUAUGCUUAGCAUCAUGUGGGGCCUCCAACGAGGUACCAGCGUAAUUCCAAAGAGCGUGACACCGGAACGGAUCGCAGCCAAUUUUGAUCUGGCAGGAUGGGCAUUGACGCCCGAGGAGCACCAUGUUUUGAGCAAUUUGGACGGAAGAUGCAGGGUAUAUUCUGACAACUGGCUCCCUGUGCAGGCUUUUUGGGAAGAGGAUAGCUAA